AUACUACAAGUCCCAGGGAGCAACGCCCGCUUUCUCGCCUACUGCGGGCGGGAACGAGGCGCCCCGGGGCCUGACGGGAACCACAGUGGUUUGGCUGAAUGAUGGAAAAGUCAUUUGAGCGGGUCUUCAUUUUUCGGAAGAGUAUCUCAAAAGCUCUUCAAACAAGGCACGGACACAGAAUCUAGAAAAUGAUAAAGAAUCAAUGAUAACGUUAUUUCCACGGGGGCCAGACCGGGAUCCACCCGGAGAAGAUGAUGGUGGUGCUACCCCAGUACAGGAUGAACGGGAUUCAGGGUCAGACGGUGAGGAUGAUGUAAAUGAGCAACACUCCGGAUCAGACACUGGAAGUGUAGAACGUCAUUCAGAGAAUGAACCUAGUGAUCGAGAGGAUGGCCUCACCAAAGGACAUCAUGUGACAGACUCUGAGAAUGAUGAGCCUGUAAAUCUUAAUGCUAGUGACUCUGAAAGUGAGGAGCCUCACAGGCAAAAGGACAGUGACUCUGAAUCUGAGGAACGUGCAGAGCCUCCCGCAAGCGAUUCUGAAAAUGAGGAUGUCAAUCAGCAUGGGAGCGACUCUGAGAGUGAAGAGACCAGGAAAUUACCUGGGAGUGACUCUGAAAACGAGGAGCUUCUUAAUGGGCAUGCAACUGACUCAGAAAACGAAGAUGCUGGGAAGCAUCCCGCCAGUGAUUCUGAGAUUGAGGAGCUCCAGAAGAGUCCUGCUAGUGACUCUGAAACAGAAGAUGCUCCAAAACCUCAAAUCAGUGACUCUGAGAGUGAGGAACCCCCAAGGCACCAAGCCAGUGACUCCGAAAAUGAGGAGCCUCCCAAACCUCGAAUGAGUGAUUCUGAAAGUGAGGAGCUUCCUAAACCUCAGGUCAGUGAUUCGGAAAGUGAGGAACCCCCCAGGCACCAGGCCAGUGACUCUGAAAACGAGGAGCUUCCCAAACCUCGAAUCAGUGACUCCGAAAGUGAGGACCCUCCGAGGCACCAGGCCAGUGACUCAGAAAAUGAAGAGCUUCCCAAACCCCGAAUCAGUGAUUCGGAAAGUGAGGAUCCCCCAAGGAACCAGGCCAGUGAUUCUGAAAACGAGGAGCUACCCAAACCCCGAGUCAGUGACUCUGAGAGUGAGGGGCCUCGGAAGGGACGUGCCAGUGACUCAGAAACUGAGGAUGCGUCCAGACACAAACAGAAGCCAGAGUCAGAUGAUGACAGCGACAGGGAGAAUAAGGGAGAGGAUACAGAAAUGCAGAAUGCCUCCUUCCACUCAGACAGCCAUACGGACAGAAAAAAGUUUCACAGUUCUGAUAGUGAGGAGGAAGAACCCAAAAAGCAAAAACUGGACAGUGAUGAAGAUGAAAAAGAGGGUGAGGAGGAGAAAGUAGCGAAGAGAAAGGCUGCUGUGCUUUCUGAUAGUGAAGAUGAAGAGAAAGCAUCCGCAAAGAAGAGCCGUGUUGUCUCUGAUGCAGAUGACUCUGACAGUGAUGCUGUAUCCGACAAGUCAGGCAAGAGAGAGAAGACCAUAGCAUCUGACAGUGAGGAAGAAGCUGGGAAAGAAUUGUCUGAUAAGAAAAAUGAAGAGAAGGAUCUGUUUGGGAGUGACAGUGAGUCGGGCAAUGAAGAAGAAAAUCUUAUUGCAGACAUAUUUGGAGAAUCUGGUGAUGAAGAGGAGGAAGAAUUUACAGGUUUUAACCAAGAAGAUCUGGAAGAAGAAAAAAGUGAAACACAGGUAAAAGAAGCAGAAGAUUCAGAUUCUGAUGAUAACAUAAAGAGAGGAAAACAUAUGGACUUUAUGUCGGAUUUUGAGAUGAUGUUGCAGCGAAAAAAGAGCAUGAGUGGCAAGCGCAGACGGAACCGUGAUGGUGGCACCUUUAUUAGUGACGCAGACGACGUCGUGAGUGCCAUGAUCGUCAAGAUGAAUGAAGCUGCUGAGGAAGACAGACAGUUGAACAAUCAAAAAAAGCCAGCACUGAAAAAAUUAACUUUACUGCCUACUGUAGUUAUGCACCUUAAGAAGCAGGACCUUAAAGAAACAUUCAUUGACAGCGGUGUGAUGUCUGCCAUCAAAGAAUGGCUCUCACCUCUACCGGAUAGGAGUUUGCCUGCACUCAAGAUCCGGGAGGAGCUGCUGAAGAUCCUGCAAGAGCUGCCUAGUGUGAGCCAGGAGACCCUGAAGCAUAGUGGGAUUGGACGAGCAGUGAUGUAUCUCUAUAAACACCCCAAGGAAUCAAGGUCCAACAAGGACAUGGCAGGGAAAUUAAUCAAUGAGUGGUCUAGGCCUAUAUUUGGUCUUACCUCCAACUACAAAGGAAUGACAAGAGAAGAAAGGGAGCAGAGAGAUCUAGAACAGAUGCCCCAACGACGAAGAAUGAACAGGUAUGAGGGAACAGCACUGGUGGUCAGACACCCAGAAGAGACCUGGAAAAGGUGCUGACAGGAGAGGAGAAGUAAGGUUUUGAUGUUAGGUUUUCUUCCUAGACUGUAUAGAGAAUUUCCGUUUGCUGCUUUAAGAAAAGCAGUAAAUGAAAUGAUGUGAUGUUCUCAUUUACGGGAGGUGACUUUCAUUUUAACGUUUAGUAUUGGGUACUCUGGGGAUGUAAGGAAAAUUGAGAAAAUACUUCAUUCAAAGAUUUUUUGCUGCUUGCUAAGUGCUAGAUUCCUUGUUGUGAUCUGAGAAUUUAAAAACAAAUUAAAAAUAGCCUAUGCUCUCAAAACAAGGAUGAUAGGCAAAGGGAGGUCUUUGGUAAAGCCAUGGGGUAAGUGUGCCAGGUCUGUGUUUGGAAUGGCAAGUAGACUGAAGGGGUUGGACUGUAGUAUGGGGCCUGAGGUGGUAGAAGAUAAGGUUGGAAAUAAUAGACCAGUGAAGGGCUUUGAAUCAAGAUGAGGAAUUUUUGCAUGCCUUGUGAUUCCACAGGAAGUUUUUGAGACUAGAUGUGAAGCCAUCUGGUUUGAUUUGAUUUAGGAUGCUGAUGCCAAUGGGAUCGUGUAGGAUGGGUUGGAGGGCAGUGGGACUGAGGCAGUGGUACAGCUAAACAGAGGUGGUAGUGGGGAAUGGAGGGGUGA